CGACUGUGAAGUUUCAACGCAGGGGGAAACCAGUCCGUCGAUGAUGUUUCACGAAAAGAUAAUUCUUCUCGUAGUCUUCGCGUGUAUAACAUCCGUCCACGCCACGGGCAAGGAUCGUGGUCGGCGGAUCUCUCGCGUGAGGGGCAUCCCUCUGCAGAUGAAACCUUUCUACAACCCCCUCCAAGACUUCGUCUGCCUCGAUGGAUCGAAGAAAAUGCCUUUCUCCCGCGUGAACGAUGAUUACUGCGAUUGCCGUGACGGCUCAGAUGAGCCAGGGACCUCGGCCUGUCCGAACGCGAACUUCUACUGCGUGAAUUUGUCGUACACACCCCUCACGAUUCCAUCGUCUCGGGUCAAUGACGGCAUCUGCGAUUGUUGCGACGGAGGGGACGAAUUCGAUUCGAAAGCCGACUGUCCGAAUACUUGUGAGGAGCUCGGACGGAGCUAUCGCGAGGAAGCGAAGCGCAGAGUCAAGAUUCUGAAUCGAGGGAAGAUACUCCGACAGAAUCUGGCUCAAGACGGGAAACGGAAGAUCGCCUUGGCGAAGCUCCAGAUCGCCGAGCUCAAAGUCAAAGUACGAGAAGCUAGGAAAGACGAAGAGGAGAAGGCAGCCUUCAGAAAGCUGUCAGACGAGAAGGAACGAAAGUUACUCGACGACCAAGCGAAAGUCGCGAAGGCUCUGAAUAAACGACGCGAAACAGAAGCCGGGCAAAACAAGGAAGGAGAGAGACGCCAAGCCGAAGAGGUUUUCCUCGACCUCGACACAAACGAAGAUGAUUUUGUGACGUUCGAGGAGCUCACGAACAAUUCUGUGCUCGAUAAAGACAAAGACGGCAAAGUUUCCGAAGAUGAAUCGAGGUCUUUCCUGCCCUUCCGCGGAGGAGUGGAUUCCGAAGAGUUUAUAGGGUCGGUCUGGCCCCUUAUGAAGCCCCUAUGGUUAGCUCGGAACGACAGUCCGUCAGGCACCGGAGCCGCGGUCCCAAAUGUCGAGGGUUCUCCCUCGGAUUCUGGCUCCGUUGAUCAGGCAACACCUCUGCCCGCGGUUCUGGUGGAGCACGAUCCUGAAGUCGAUGCCGCUGUGCUGACUGCCGAAAGAGCUCGCUCGGAACACAACGAAGCCGAGCAGAAGCGCGAAGAGCUAGAGCAAGAACUCGCGCAUCUGGAGGAACUUCUCGCCGGGGAUUUCGGGGUGGACUCUGAGUUCGUAUCGCUCCACGGGGAAUGUUUCGAGCUCAGAGACAGAGAAUACAUAUACAAAAUGUGCCCUUUCGACAAGAGCUCACAGCGAUCGAGAAUCGACGGAAUCGAGACGAGUUUGGGUCGAUGGGCUAGCUGGGAAGCGCGUGGUGAAAUCAAACACGCGGGAAUGAAGUUCAUCGGUGGCGCCGAAUGCUGGAAGGGUCCAGCACGCUCUGUUCUCGUCGUCCUGGAAUGCGGAUUAACCAACGAGUUGAUAUCAGCGAGUGAACCCUCUCGUUGUGAAUAUAUGUUCGAAUUCGCGACGCCAGCGGCAUGUGUCGCCGGCAUGCCCCUCGUACCACAGAGGAGCAAGACAGGAAGGGGACACGAUGAGCUUUGA